CAUUUAACAGUAAUUCGUAAAUGAUUGGUAAAAUAAACCAUUUACAAAUUUAACCCUGAACUGAACAAGGUUGGAUCCAGUUUCAGAAGGCGGUGUCUGUCUCAAUCUCUCUCUCCUCCUUCACCGACUCAAUCUUCUCUCCCAAUCUAUCAAUAAUUUCAUUCAGAAUGGGCCGAUCUGGAGCUGCAGCUGGAGAUUUGUUGCUUCUCAUCGCUCAAAACUUUGAUGUACUUGCCGGGCCUGUAGUUAGUUUGGCUUAUCCUCUAUAUGCUUCCAUUAGAGCAAUUGAGACUAAAUCUGUUGCUGAUGAUCAACAAUGGCUUACGUAUUGGGUCUUGUAUUCUAUGAUUACUCUUUUUGAGCUCACCUUCGCCAAGCUUAUUGAAUGGAUCCCGUUCUGGUCUUAUGCAAAGCUGAUUGUGACCUGCUGGUUGGUUAUUCCACAUUUUAGUGGUGCUGCGUAUGUAUAUGAGCAUUACGUUCGACCUUUCUACACAGGGAAACAGACCAUUAACAUCUGGUAUGUCCCAAGCAAGAAAGACGUUUUCAGCACGCAGGAUGACAUCCUAGUUGCUGCAGAGAAAUACAUUCAAGAAAAUGGCCCAGAUGCUUUUCAGGAAAUUAUUCAACGUUCCGAUAGUGAAGUCAAGUAUCGAGGUAGCAGUUUCAUCUCUGAAAACGACUAUGUAUAUUGAGGUUAGUGUGUGGAUCAUGCUGUUCCCUGUUCGCUUCUGGUAAGUGUAGAUCGGUGUAUAGAUUAGCAUAGCGGUGUUGUGUCCACAAAACUGUGUUUCUUUCGGCUUUUAGGUUUUGCGAAUUUAGUUUCUGUUUGUGUCUAAAAUUCUCCCUGUAAAUUGGGUGUCUUUGCAUGUGUACCGUUCAAUAAUGUGCCAUUUCCGUUCCUUG